AUGGGUAAAAUUCAACAACAGGCACCCAGUAAAACGUACACAGUACGAAGUGACCUACCUAUAACUUCCCUGUCAUCUUUCAACUUUUAUAUUACCGAUAACGUUAUCAAAAGUUCCCUUCAUAAUUUGGAUCAAGACGCAGAUAGAAAAGAGAAAGCGACCAGAAAAAAAGAAAAUUACUAUACUUACGGCGAUUACAACAAUAAAAAUGCUGGAGUUGCUAAAGAUGAAACUCUUGGCGGAAUAAGAGAGGAAGAAAACAAAGAAACUGACUCUAAUUACGAUGACGAAGAAAUUGAGGCUUAUGGUGAAGAAACGUUAAGUCAUGAACGACUUAACCAAAUUAAAUUUAUCGAUUUUGAACCAGAAGUUUUAAACAGGGUGUUUCGGGUGUCCGUACUUAUCAACGACUCAGGUACCGAUUACUUAGAUGAGGUAUUCAGUGAAAUGAACAAAACAAGCAAGUUUCAUUUGAAGAAUUUAACUUUCCUGAGAACAUAUAGAGGUCUACCAAAAGAUAUCAAUCAGUACAGAUUGGGAAGCUAUGUAUGGCAAGUCAUUGAAGAAAUAUGGGUGCUGAUUGUGUUGUCCAUAGUCCUCAUAUUUGUUAUAUUUACUAUUAUGAUCCUCAACAGAUUUUGCAAAGUACGAAAGAAACAAAAACUAAAAUAUCUAGGCCAACACUAUAUAGUGAACAGAUCUGCUCAAACUGAUCCAGUUUUAACUAAUUACAUUUUUGGAGCCUCCACGCCGUAUAUUGUAUCUAAGCAAAUGAAUUAUAUAGGCAUAAAUAACAGUGCUGGUAGCGGUGAUAACAAUGAAGCUUCAAUGCUGAACGUUGAUGAAAACGACGAUGACGAGUGUUUUGUUAAUAUAUAG